CCCCCAGGGUCCAGUAUCCCACCCUGUGAGGGUCCCCCACAGUCCAGUAUCCACCCUGUGAGGGUCCCUCACGGUCCAGUAUCCCACCCUGUGAGGGUCCCCCAAGGUCCAGUAUCCCACCCUGUGAGGGUCCCUCAUGGUCCAAUAUCCCACCUUGUGAGGGUCCCCCACGGUCCAGUAGCUGCUUGCUGUGCCUCCUGUUGGUGAGGUGGUACAGUUGGGGGUGGGGUGCAAUGUUGGGGCUGUCAUUUGGGCUGAGGGCCGCUUGAUCUGUGAUGCCUCUGGUUGUCGAUCAGCCUGGCAGGGGCCACACCCAGAAAGAGAAAGUGAGAGAGAGAGAUAUCUCGGAGUGGGGCUGGUGUCAGGUAUCCCGGCUGCUGCUGCUGGCCCCUGAAUUUCCGGUCUCCGGGGGCUGUAGGCCCCUGACCCUCCCGGGAGAUUGCAGCUGGGCGCGGGCUCGCCCUCCUGAGCUAGCCGCCAUGGCGGACGUCCUCCUGAAUCUGGACUUCAGUCCGGUGCAGCGUCCCGCUGCGCCUCAGCCCAGCCUCAAACACCUGCGCUUCCUGAAGAGGCGGGCCUACCUGGAGAGCAGGGGCUACCUGAACAAGAAAGGGGGCUCUUGGGGCAAGCCAGAGCGGCCCCCUCCCUCUGCUUGCCCGGCCCCCACGGCCAGCCUCUGCAACAAGAGCCGGGAGGCCGAUCGGCCCAUCAGCAGGAGGGUGGCCCGUCCAGAGGAGAAGCAGCUGCUGGUGGAUCGGUGUCGGAGCGGGCUGCCCCCCCUUGGCAGGGAUGCCCCCUCAAAACCUCGGCCUGCCCCCAAACACAGCCUCCUCAACGGGAGCCGGGAGGCCAAUCGGCCCGUCAGCGGGAGGGCAGCCCACCCGGAUGAGAAGCAGCUGCUGGUGGACGAGUGUCAGAGCGGGUUGCCUCCGCCCGGCCAGGACGCCCCCUCAAAACCCCGGCCUGCCCCCAAACGCAGACUCCUCGAUGGGAGCCGGGAGGCCAAUCGGCCCGUCAGUGGGAGGGCGGCCCGUCCAAAGGAGAAACAGAUGGCUGAGUGUCAGAGCGGGCUGCCUCCCCGCGGCAGGGACGCCCCCCUGAAGGCCCGGCCUGCUCCCAGGCCCCAUCCCCCUGCCCACACCGCACCCCACAAACCCUACAAGUGCCUGGCCCUGGACUGCGAGAUGGUGGGCACGGGCCCGGGGGGCAAGAGGAGCGAGCUGGCCCGCUGCAGUCUGGUGGGUUACGACGGGGAGUUGAUCUACGACAAGUACGUCCUGCCGACCAACCCCAUCACUGACUACCGCACCCGCUGGAGCGGCAUUCGACGGCACCACAUGAGGAACGCCACCCCCUUCAAACUGGCCCAGAGAGAGAUAUUAAAGCUCAUGAACGGGAAGAUUGUGAUCGGUCACGCCGUCCACAAUGACUUCAAGGCGCUCAACUACUUCCACCCGGUGUCGCUGACCCGUGACACCUCCAAGAUCCCGCUGUUAAAUCGCAAGGCCGGCUUCCCGGAGAAGGUGGCAAUCUCUCUGAAGAAACUCACAAAACAGCUGCUUCAUCAGGACAUCCAGGUCGGGACGCAGGGACACUCGUCAGUGGAGGACGCCCGUGCCACAAUGGACCUGUACAAACUGGUGGAGGCCCAGUUGGAGCUUGAGCUGGGCACUCAGCCCAACAGCGAGUAAUGGGGCAGAAGCAGCCUGAGCCACUCCUCGGCCAACGCAGCCCUCCCUGCCACUCCCAACGCCAGCCAACCACUUUGCCCUCAUGGACAGCAGUAACUGGCCACUGAUGGACACUGGCGCCUCACUGACACGCGACAUCUGAUUGGAUGACCUGAGGGACCGAGCUGAGGCUAGGAGGGCAGUGGGGUUUUGAACUCCUGAACUGGUGCUGCUUUCUCUUUUUCUAAAAAAAAAAUUAAAAAACAAAAACAGGUUGCCUGGCUCGCACUUGGAAGAGUGUGGGAGAGAAGGCUAGGCAUUGAGUGUUUGUUUUUAAAGGAAA